CCGCGGCGUUGAACAUGUUAUGCUGUACUCUGAAGCACACCUUCGCUGCUAGCAGUUAUUCCACAGCGGUUUUGAUUCGAUUCUGAAUUAUUAUCAUCAUUUUGCUUGGGGUUACAUGAAGAAAUGUCUUCUGCAGAACCUGCAAGCAUUGCUGGGCAUGUUGCCCGUGUCUUAACGGUUGAAGAAGUGACUCGACUUCAAAAGGACAAAAUAAUUGUGUCUGAUUUUAAACAAAGUAAACUGGAAAAAGAAGCAGAGAAAAACUGGGACUUAUUUUAUAAAAGGAACACAACAAAAUUUUUCAAAGACAGGCAUUGGACAAAAAGAGAAUUUGAAGAACUGCUGAGUGAUACUGCAGCAGAGAAAAAAUUUCUUUUGGAAGUUGGCUGUGGUGUGGGCAACUUCAUAUUCCCUUUGUUAGAAGCAGGUGGAGACAAAUCAGUUUUUAUAUAUGCCUGUGAUUUUUCUAAAAGAGCAGUGCAGUUUGUGAAGGACCAUCCCAGUUAUGACAGCAGUUCCUGUAAAGUGUUCCAAGCAGACAUUACAAAUGACAUCUCAGAGUUUGUUCCCAUGGACUGCAUAAAUGUUGCUACAAUGAUCUUUGUAUUGUCUGCCAUACACCCAGACAAAAUGGUGCAGGCUUUGAUUAAUGUAUUUAAGGUUUUAAAGCCAGGUGGUUUUCUGCUUUUUCGAGACUAUGGUCUGUAUGAUCAUGCCAUGUUACGGUUUGAACCAGGACAUAAACUGUCAGAAAACUUUUAUGUGAGGCAAGAUGGGACACGUGCAUUCUACUUUUCUAUUGAAAAACUGCAAGAAAUUGCUGAGAGUGCAGGCUUCAAAGUGGUGGAGAUCCAUUAUGUGAAGAGAGAGACUGUCAACAGGAAAGAAAGUAUUUGUGUUCCCAGGAUAUUUGUGCAAGCCAAAUUUUCCAAGCCUUUGUCACCACCUGAGAUACAUCUUCCUGAAAGACCUGUGAUACAAGAGAAAGAUCAGGCAAAUAGUGCUUGUCUUGAAGCAAAGAGGUGCAAUGGAAAUGCAAAUGAUAGAAUUGAUAGCUAACAAAUAAAAAGAAACUUGUUAAUUCUGAGAUGUGAUUCAGAUAUGCAGUGUGCUAGCAUGCACACGAACAAGUGUUUGGAAAACGGCAACAUGAAUGGCUGCAUAUCUGAAUGCAUGCAAGUCUGUGAAUAUGUUUGACAUGAACUAUAUCAUUUUUGUUUUGUUUCAUUUGUGAUGCAAAACAUACUAAAGACAUUAAAUAUAUAUCUACACACGUC